UUAGUUUGGGGAUACAGAGUUUCCUGCUCUUUCUUCAUUUCUGGUCAAGUGUUUGUUUUCAUGGCACCGGCCAGCUUGGGCCUGGCUGGUUUGAUCCUGCUUCUGUGGAGUGCUGCCAGGCAGGCCUCUGACAUUCCUGACAGCUGGCCAUGACUUUCUUAUUAGGGGCCUCCACGUGUCUGGUUAAAAACCUACUGCCUACUCCAACAUGUUUGAUCUAGUUAAAGGAAGACCAGUGGUACAGGCCCACUUAACCAAGCAUCAGGGAAGGCCCAGAGUCUGAUUCACAAGACAAUACCAAAUGGGUCUGACUUGCCUUUUAAAUAACCGGCAGAAUGCCAGGCACACAGUGGGAAUUUACAUAUGAGGUGGACAGAUGGUGUUAUGGACUCAAUGUGUCCCUCCAAAACUCAUAUGUUGAAAUCCUCAACAUGAAGAUAUUAGAUGAUGAGUCAUUUGGGAGUAAUUAGGCAAUGAUGGUGAGGUGUCUGUAGGCUAUUAAAAAAACAAGAAGGGCUUGUUAUUGCCUGCUUCUCUCUGCAUGGUGAAGACACAAGGAGAAAACUGCUGUCCACAAGCUGGGAAAAGGAUCCUCACUAGACACAGGACCUGCCGGUGUUUCGAUCUUGGGCUCUCCAGCGUCCAGCAUGAUACUCACUCUCUCUGCCUUGACCUCACCGUCAAAUCUCAAUCUGGACCCGGACACCCUUGGUAUGAAGUGCAGGCCUCAGUGGACAAAAAGCCUGUCUUUCAGUAUGACAGUGACAGCAGCAAGAUGAAACCUUUGGGUCUCCUGGGGGCGAAAGUAAAUGCCACCAAAGCAUGGACAGAAUUGACCCAGAUGCUGGGAGAGGUGGGGCAAGAGCUCAGGAUGAUCGUGUCUGACAUCAAACUGGAGAACAGCGUGACCAGUGGUCCCCCCACCCUGCACAUCCAGCUGUCUUGUCAGUGUGAAGCAGAACAAGGCACCGUUGCGUCCUGGCACUUCAACAUCAACGGGCAGCCAGCCCUCCUCUUUGACACGAUGAACAUGACCUGGACAGUCACGAGUCCUGGAGCCAGAGGCGUCAAGGAGGAGUGGGAGAACAAGGGACUGGCAGACUAUUUCAGGAGGAUCUCAAUGGGAGACUGCCGUCACUGGCUUAGGGAAUUCUUAGAACACUGGGAGAAAGUGCCGGAGCCCCCAGUACCACCAAAAAAGGUCCCAGAUGCUGACCAGUCUUUACCCAUGCCAUCAAUUGCGUGCAUCAUCCUAGGAGUGAUUGUCAUCAGCCCAGUCAUCAUUGUCAUCUGCUUUAGCAUCUCAAGAAAAUUGGCCCAGAGAAGCCCAAAGAAGCCCAAAGAAGCCCUUUACCAGGAAGCAAGGCUCAGCUCUCCAGCGCUCCUUAGCAUCUGACCACGGCUGCCUCGCUGUUCUUUCGUUCUCACUCUGGCAGCAAACAGAGAACAUGAAGAAAUUCAGGGGAGCCUGGGUGGCUCUGUUGAUUGGGCAUUCGACUCUUGAUUUCGGCUCAGAUCAUGAUCUCAAGGUUUGCAAGAUCGAGGCCCACGUGCAGCUUCAUGCUGACAGUAGGAAGUCCUGACGUUUCUUCAUGCUCAUCAACCAUUUCAAGAAUGUGUGGGUUUCAGGAUAAAAACUCUUCCUAAUGCCCCUUCCCAGGUAAAGCCUCUUUUUGCUCAUGGUCCAUCCUAAACAUGGGCACAGCUGCCUAUUCCCGCUGAAGGAUGUAUUCAAGAAUGUUCAUGAUAGCUUGAUUCAUAAGAGCCCCCGGAAUGUGAAACAACAAAUGCCCAUCAGGAGAUGAAUGGAUGAGUGAGUUAUAAUACUGUGCAACUGGAUAUCUACUGUAUUUGAAAAGAAAAAAAUCGGGGCGCCUGGGUGGCUCAGUCGGUUGAGCGGCCGACUUCGGCUCAGGUCAUGAUCUCACGGUCCGUGAGUUCGAGCCCCGCGUCGGGCUCUGUGCUGACCGCUCAGAGCCUGGAGCCUGUUUCCGAUUCUGUGUCUCCCUCUCUCUCUGCCCCUCCCCCGUUCAUGCUCUGUCUCUCUCUGUCUCAAAAAUAAAUAAAAACGUUA